ACCCGUGAACACCGACGAUCGCCAGUCCGUGAGAUGUCGUCGACACGAACGGAUACCUUUUAGCCUUACCUUGUCGCCUCUCUACCUGUGUGUUCACCGUGUUCGUGCGCGUGUUUCCAAGCAUGUGCAAAUUCGUGCUGCCGUGAACGAGCGUCGCGUGUCCUCACCGUCUUCUCCAGCUCGCUGACUGCCGUUUAGGUCCGUAGUAGCCUCUACGAGUUGUAUAAAGGGACGUCGAGCCAGAAGCUGCGUUCUCCGACCAUCCACGGACAUGACUCCUAUCCGUUGAAAAUGAAACUAUUCACCGUGCACCGUUUGCUCAUCCGUGAUCCUUUGUAAUGCUAGUCGAGGAACGCGACUUUUCAUCGGCGAGAAACGAGCCAGGAAACGCCGUCAGCCUCGACCACCACCACCACCACCACGAAUCGAUAAAGUGGAGCGUGGCUUUGAAACGGUGGAGAAACUCCAAAGCCUGAUCCACGCUGCCAUUUAUUCACCGGAGUUUUCUAUUCGCCGAACAGAGACGAACCUCUCAGGAUGUUAACUUGCUGGGUGUUAACCGGCAUCUUCGGGGCCAUCGUGCUUCUAUACGGCCUAAUCGAGGUCCACUAUUUCCUGCGCAUGUUCUUCACCGUGAUCUUCGCGCGUUUCUGUAAGAAAAAGGUCCACAUCCUCGACGAGACCACGAUUUACGGUAUCUGCACUACCACAGACGUGGACACGUUGCUCUAUCACAUGAACAACGCGAGGUAUCUUCGGGAGUUGGACUUCGCCAGGGCUGAUUUCUACGAGAGGACCAGUUUGUACCGUGAGAUCUGCUCGCAAGGAUCCGGGGUUGUACAGGGAGCGGCGACGAUACGUUACAGACGUUUCGUCAAGCCUUUGUCCAUCUUCAAGAUAACGUCUAAGAUCAUAUACUGGGACGAGAAAUCCGUGUUCAUGGAACACCGGUUCAUUACUCCUAGCGACGGGUUUGUCAGGGCCAUCGCGAUUUGCAGACAAAGGCUGUUGGACUGCAGCGCGGAGGCCGUAAUCGGCUCCCUCAUGGAAAGAGGAGUAAAACAAAAUGGUAGCAUCGACGCGGGCGCAACUCAGAUACCUCACGUCAGGCCGCAGAUGCCGCCGGAAGUGGCGAGGUGGUUGGAGAGCAACGAAAUCUCUUCGGCGUCGCUUCGUCAAAGCCCGACGGUGACGACGCAUUGCUGACAAAAGGAGGACGCAGCGUCCAUCACAAAUGGCACCGUCUCCACUUCCGUCUACGCGAUCACGGCCGUGUAAGGUCGAAGACUUGGAUCGAUUCCUGUCCUGUCUGCGGUCGUCGUUUACAGCGCGAACGAGAGAAAACCUCCCCGUCGUUUUUAAUCGCGUCGAACGACCCUAACACGAUGUACAGCCUCGUCUAAUCAAUUCUUCUUUUCCUCCUUUUCUUAUAUCUUUAUUUCUCUCUCUCUCUCUCUCUCUCU